CAGAAGUGAUGGUGACAAGAACAAGCAGCUGCCAGUCAGACAGCAGCGGGUUCAUGGAGGAGUUGCCAGAACCUGUAGUUUUGCAAAAUGUAUCUUUGCCAGGAAAGAUUAAUUUUAUUUCUGAUAUCCACAAUCACGAAAUGGCUCUGUCAGACAGGACAGUUUUUCCCAUGUUAAAUCAAGAUUUUCAACAAAAGACAGAUGAUUGUGUUGCCAAGGUCUUCAUCACAGCUUGCGAGAGCAUUUUGACAGUACCUAGAUCAACGAAAGCAUGGAGUGACCAGGGAGAAGAGACUCAUCUGCUGCUGACUGCAGAAAAUGGCGAGUAUCAGGCCUAUAAUGCUGAGCCACAGACUUUUGUACAAGAAAUGUUAUGUGACAUGGACAAGAAGGAGGAUAAAACUGGAAGAAAGCAACUGAAAAAAGAGGAGUGUAUAAAAGAGCAUAAUCCUUAUUUUCAAGGUGAUACUCAGGAUGAAGGAGAUCCUGGAUCCUCAAAAUUUGAUCAUCAUUUAUAUUUUAGUACAGAACACAAAAAGGUGAAUGUAGGCUUCAUUGAAGUGAGUGAUAUAAACCCUGCAGUCAUCAGUGAGAGCAAAAUUAAGGGCAAAGAUGAAGGUGAGAGGUGCCUAACUGAAAAGGAUGUUGGAGUUGCAUGUCAUGAAAGUGCCCAUCCAGGUUGUACAGGAGGUGUUAAAGGACUGUGGCAAGGAGUGGAUGUGAUCAGCAAAGAUGGUACCCUACUUGCAAUGAAUGAGGUGACAAGCAGGCAGAAGUUCUGCAAAAUGUAUAGUGAUUCAAAAAAUACAAGAUGCUUCCCCAAAAUGGGACUUCCAGAAACUGUGCAGCAGGGCUCAGCAGUGCAGUGUGGGAGCAAUGCCACUUCAAGAUGUUCUCUGCAAGUGUCUCAGAGGCAUCCCUCCAGUCUAGUGGAAGGGCCUGGAUUAAGUUCAUCUGAAGCUCAAGAGACUGGUAACAUAGGGGAGAAGUCAGGUGCCAACAAAUUGGAACAGGGAGACACUGUCCAACAUGGUGAAAUGGCUUCUGCUCCUCUGAAAUCUGUUACUGUUCAGAUGUCUUCAGGGCUGGAGUUUACUUCAAGGGUGAAGUACACAGGACAAAAUGCUCCUGUCAGCGAGAGCCUUGCUAGGGAAGAUCUUGUGGAUUUCUCUGACAUGUUAGUGCACCACUCUGAGAGUGGUCCUCUCAUACUGUCAGAACCAGGGCCUUCAAAGGAUGGUGUGAAGCAGAUCACUGAAGCCUCCACCCAAACUGACACGCAUGCCAGGCAUCCUGGAUGGCCACCACUGCUUCAUCCACCCUGUAGUCACCUGAAAAAAUCAGCCUCUCUUGACACCAUAUUUUCUGGCAAAUACAGGUCACACUACUGGGGUGAAGCCUCUGGUGCAGGGGUUACACAGGGCAGUUGCUACUGUCACUGCUGCUGCCACAGCUGCUGCCCAUGGACCUUCCCAAUGGGUGUCUCUCCCCAUCACCCUGUGGGCUGCUGCUCAAACCAUGCCUCCACUAAGCUGCAGCUCUUGAAAACCUUGAUGUUCCUGCAGGACACUGCGAUGUGUCAUCUUCCUCAGUGUACCCUCCAUGAAAUAGAAGUGAUGAAGAGCUCCUGCCAGCACUCCCAGGAGAAGCUGGAUGAGAUUGAACAGCACCUGACCGAAGAGCAGGUGCUGUUUUCCAGCACGAUGCCAGAUGAAGGAAGGGAGGAAGGCAGACACCUGCAACUCUUACGGCAAGCUGUUCGUCAGGAGAUUGCAGAGCUGGAAUUUCAGCUGAGUGACCAAGCUUGCCAGGUCAGGGAGGACAUCCUUACGCAGCUGGACCAAUUACUAGUAGAACAAUCCCAUCUGUUUUCCGAGCUUGGACUCUCUGAUUGGAAGGGAAAAAGAGCCCAAAAUAAACAAGAGUUUCCAGAUGCUGAUGACACCGCACAUCCUCAAAGUGAGUGCUCAAAAAUGGUGCUCCAAAGACCUCCUAGCAAAAAAACCCCAGCAACAGGCUCCCUCUCUGCCCUGCAGUUGAGGGGACCCCCAAUGCAUCUUCCUACAAGGACAACACCUGAGCUGAAUUCAGCUGAGUUUGACCCACAGGACCUCUCACCCAGUAAAAAGGAAAUAAAAACGCCUCCUCAAGCAAAAAUGGACCUUAAGGCAUUUUUACACAAU